AUGGUUCUGGAGCUCCAUGUCUGGGGUCCAGCUUUCUCGCUGCCCUCCAUCGAUGCGCAAUGUCUCGCGACUAUAGCCUAUCUCUCGCAGACCGUCCCUAGGGAAGCCUGGGUGCUGGUCGCAAGCAGUGACCCGACCGUGUCCCCGACCUGCGAACUCCCCGCUCUCAAAAAUGGAACGACAUGGGUCAGUAAGUUCCGCAAUAUCGUGGAUUAUCUGCGCCAAUACUCGAAUGGCGACUGGGAUCUGGACGGGGAUCUGAGCGGCCUGGAAAAGGCCGAUAACAUCGCAUUCUCCUCGUUCGUCGAAUCCCGCGGCCAAUCCCUCAUCGACCUCUCCCUCUACGUCACCAGCCAAAACUACUACAACCACACCUCCCCUGCCUACGGCUCCAUCCUCCAAUGGCCCAACCAAUGGAUCCUCCCGCCUAAGCUGCAUGCCGCCGCAAAGACCCGAACAGACCAUCUAGGCCUCUCCUCGCUGGACCUGGACGCCAUCGAGGAGCAGCGCAAACGCGACCACUCGGCGGCCGUCGCGGCCGGCCAGGUCCCGCCGAACUUCAUCCAGUCGCCGCGCGACACGGUCACGCGGCUACUAGGCAAGACGGCGCAGCAGAACCAGUUCAAGCUGGAGGCCCUGACGGCCGAGUUCUUCGACGCCCUGGAGGAGAUCCUCGGCGCGAAGAGCUACCUGCUGGCCGACGAGGCUGCCACCAGUCUAGACUGUCUGGCCCUCGGGUAUCUGAGCCUGGCGCUAGUGCCGGACCUCACGCACACGUGGCUCCGCGAUGCCAUGGUCGCCAAGGCGCCGCGAUUGACAGCCUACACAGAGCGAUUGCGACGCAGAUGUUACGGACUGGGGGCGCCAGCACCAGCACACGAGGGAUCGACCGAGAAGCCGGAGCCAGGAUCCACCGUCCUGCCGUGGCAGGCAUUCGAGCGCCCCCGGCUGACCACCGUCGGCGCGACGCUAUGGAAUGCGCUGGCCGACGCCACGCCGAUCUGGCGCAACAUGCGCGCCUCGACGCGAUUACGGGAGGCGGCGGAGGAGUCGGACUCGGGGCUCUCGGACACCGAGAGCAAGGCUCUAUCGCAGGUGGCGAUCGGCCAGAGAAAGGAUCUGCUCGUGUCUGUGGCGACCGUGGUGGGUGGAUUCGCGGCGCUAGCGGCGUACAUGGUUCAUCUGGGGAUUCUUGCAUUUGCGCUGGAAAAGGAGGAGGAGGAAGGGCUAGGCGAGGAAUACGAGAUGCCAGAGGCAUUCCAGGCGGAGGAUCUGUUGUCGUCGUUGCAGAUAUGA